UGUGUGUGUGUGUGUGUUAGGGGUGGGGAAGACAGUACUAUCAUAUGUGGCCAUGAGAUGGCAGCAGAGAGAGGCAAGGAGAGGGGCUGGGAGUGGGCAGGCUUGGGGAUGGGUUGUGGGAGGAGCUGGGCCCUAUAUUUCAGCACGGUCAUCUUUGCCAGCUGAAGUCUAUUGCUGCAGACUACUCCCCUGUGACUGCCUGUCUGAUUACCAGGUCUUUACAGACGCUCUGCUUUUGCCAAACUCUGCCAGCAGAAACCGCACCAGUGUGACCUUGGCUGGCUGAGUGGGUAGUAAUGUGUGUUCCACAUGGUGAGUAUGGGAGGCAAGGGAUGUCACCUGCACAAGGCAGCUUAGUGAAAGGGCAUCAGUGCAUGUUGAAAGCAGGGUUUCCCCAUCCCCCUGCUGCCAGGCUUGUGGUUCCAGGUGCUCUGAAAGGGUUACCUGAACCCAGCCUGCUCCAGUCAGGAGAGGAUGAGCUCUGUUGCUGGGAAGCUGGCUGAAGGCCAAGCAAAGGAUGCUGGGAUGGGGUGGUGGCAGGGAACAUGGGACGAGGCAGCUGUCUCUGGGAGCAGACAAGAUGUCCCUGGCUUCAGUAGGGGUGGGGCGGUAAGAGGAUUAGGUGACAGUCCCCUAACUCAGCCCGGAACUAACACCUCCCCCCUCACUCAUGAGCCAUGGCCUGCCCCGCUCCGAGCCUGCCAACGUUCAGAAUAACCCUGAGGACCAGACAGCAGGAUGGCAGGGGCUCUGCUCAGCGCCCUAUUCCUCUUGCAGCUUCUUGGCCGAGGUGCGGGGAAUGAGGAGUUGCGCCUUUAUCACCAUCUUUUCGACAAUUAUGACCCACAAUGCAGGCCAGUGAGGGAGCCUGAGGACACUGUCAGCAUCAACAUCAAGGUCACCCUGACCAACCUCAUCUCGCUGAACGAGAAAGAGGAGACCCUCACCACCAGCGUCUGGAUUGGAAUCGACUGGGACGAUUACCGACUCAACUUCAGCAAGAAGGACUUUGGGGACAUCGGAAUCCUGCGGGUCCCGUCCACACACGUAUGGCUACCAGAGAUUGUGCUGGAAAACAACAUCGACGGCCAGUUCGGGGUGGCUUACGACUGCAACGUGCUGGUCUACGAGGGCGGCCACGUGAGCUGGCUGCCCCCCGCCAUCUACCGCAGCGUCUGCGCCGUGGAAGUCUCCUACUUCCCCUUCGACUGGCAGAACUGCUCGCUCGUCUUCCGCUCUCAGACGUACAAUGCCCAAGAGGUGGAGUUCGUCUUCGUGGUGGGCGAUGACGGCGAAACCAUCAGCAAGAUCGAUAUCGACACUGAGGCCUACACCGAGAACGGCGAGUGGGCCAUCGACUUCUGCCCCGGGGAGAUCCACCGCCAGGACGGAGGCUCCGCUGACGGCGCAGGGGGCAUUGACAUCGUGUACACGCUCAUCAUUCGCCGGAAGCCGCUCUUCUACAUCAUUAACAUCAUUGUGCCCUGCGUGCUCAUCUCAGGCCUGGUGCUGCUCGCCUACUUCCUGCCGGCGCAGGCCGGCGGCCAGAAAUGCACCGUCUCCAUCAACGUCCUGCUCGCCCAGACCGUCUUCUUGUUCCUGAUUGCCCAGAAAAUCCCCGAGACGUCUCUGAGCGUGCCGCUGCUGGGCAGGUACCUCAUCUUCGUCAUGUGGUUUGCCACGCUCAUUGUCAUGAAUUGCGUCGUCGUGCUCAACGUGUCUUUGCGGACGCCCACUACUCACGCCACAGUCCCCGCGGCUGCGCCACGUGAGCGCGGGGUCUUGCUGGAGCUGCUGCCGCGCCUCCUAGGCUCGGGCGCGCCCCCGGAGGCCCCCGGGGCAGCCUCGCCCCCAAGGCGGGCAUCGUCCGUGGGCCUGUUGCUCCGCGCCGAGGAGCUGAUACUGAAAAAGCCGCGGAGCGAGCUCGUGUUUGAGGGGCAGAGGUACCGGCACGGCACCUGGACGGCUGCCCUCUACCAGAGCCUGGGCGCCGCCGCCCCCGAGAUCCGCUGCUGUGUGGACGCCGUGAACUUCAUGGCCGAGAGCACGCGAGACCAGGAGGCCAGCGGCGAGGAGGUGUCCGACUGGGUGCGCAUGGGGAAGGCCCUGGACAACAUCUGCUUCUGGGCGGCGCUGGUGCUCUUCAGUGUGGGCUCCAGCCUCAUCUUCCUGGGGGGCUACUUAAACCAAGUGCCCGACCUGCCCUACCCGCCCUGCAUGUAGACCCGAGCUGGUGGCCGCCUGAUUUCAACUUUCCUAUCCUCUCCAGGAGGAAAUAGAUUUUGAAAAACAAGUUGCUACCACUGCUAUAUUAUGAUCCUUUACCACCAGGGAUAAUAAAUCAGUAUUUUGUAAACA